UUGGCUACCUGGUCCAUCGGAAUAAGGAUUUGGCUCCCACCUGUGCAUCCUCUGCUCUCCGUUAUGAAGAUGUUCCUGUCGCCCAUGAGACCGGUGCUGCUCCCCUCAUGGACUGGGAUGAUGUGAAAAAGAUUCUUGCUCAAAAACUGACUACAUCCAGUAUGGACGCUGUCCUUGGUCAGCUGAGCAGUAGCAACCACUGGGCUGGUUCUCCUGGUGAUGAAGAUCUGGGGAACAAGGUGCUCAAGAAGUUUAAGGAGUACGGCAUGAAGACCUGGACUGAUGAGCACUUUGUCAAGGUUCAGGAUCCCCCAGCAUCUGGAUACAACAGAAUAGUUUUCAAGAACGGAACAGCGGAACGUCCAACGGGUUUCCUAUCCUACAGCGCCAGUGGAACAGCAAGGGGUGCAGUGCUGUAUGCCCAUUAUGGACAGGAAGAUGACCUGAAGCAGUUAAAGGACAUGAACAUCGACAUGAAUGGCAGGGUGAUGCUGGUCAGAGCUGGAAGGAUCAGCUUUGCUGAGAAGGUAGCCAAUGCAGCCAAAGUGAACGCCUCUGCUGUGCUGAUCUACCCAGACCCUGCUGAUUACUCGAUCAGCGAGAGCACUCCACUCUUUGGACAUGUCCACAUGGGCUCUGGGGAUCCCUACACCCCAGGCUUCCCCUCCUUCAACCACACCCAGUUUCCACCUGUGCAGUCUUCAGGCCUGCCAAAUAUUUUGGCUCAGACUAUCACAACAGGCAUGGGAAUGAAGAUUCUGAGGCAGCUCGGGGGUAGAACUCAGCCAAAUGGUUGGGGGAGCAUCAAUAAACUCGGAGACGAGAGCGAUGUUAUUACUGUGGAAGUCAACAAUGUCCUUACUGAGAAAAGGAUAAAUAAUGUCUUUGGGGUCAUCAAAGGCUUUGUGGAUGCAGAUCGAUACGUGGUCAUUGGGGCCCAGAGGGAUGCGUGGGGCCCUGGCUUUGCAGCAUCAACCGUGGGCACCAGCGUCCUCGUUGAGCUGGCGCGUUCCAUCUCUGACAUGGUGGAGAACGAUGGAUUCAAACCGAGGAGGAGUAUUGUGUUUGCGAGCUGGAGUGCGGGAGAGUAUGGGAGUGUUGGCGCCACCGAGUGGUUGGAGGGUUAUCUGUCCUCUCUGAGCAUGAAAGCAUUCACCUACAUCAACCUGGACGGCAUUGUGACAGGUCAGAAUGGGUUUAAAGUAGCAGCCAGCCCGUUGUUGCACAGCCUGGUCCAAAACGCUCUGAAAGAGGUGAACUAUGACAAGGACAAGUCUCUUCUUUCUCAGUUUGGAAAGAACAACUGGGAGUCUGCUAUUCUGGAGCCUCUGAGGAUGGACAGUGCUGCGUAUCCUUUCCUCGCCUUCUCCGGCAUUCCCUCAGUCGCUUUCAGAUUCCACUCUGGAAGUUCAGACUACCCGUACUUUGGUACAAUCCUGGACACCCGAGAAAACCUGAACUCUGUCACAGCCAGCCAGGUUCCUCAGCUGGCUGUGAGAGCGGGCCAGUUUGCAGGUCACAUAGCGCUGAGGCUGGUCCAUGACCACCUGCUGCAGAUGGACCUGAAGAAGUACAACCAACUCAUACGCAGCCACGUGGUUCAGAUUAAUGCGAGGGUCAAGAAUGUUCAGAGGAUGCGGCCCCAGCUGUUGCCCAAAGCUCUGACAGUGCGGUGGUUGAUCAUGGCCUCUGGCUCCUACAGCCGUGCCUCUAGCGCGCUGGCAGCCGACAUCCAGAACAGCGACCUGGAAGACAUCGAGAUGUGCCGCGUGAUCAAUGACCGCAUCAUGACGGUGGAAAGGAACUUCCUGUCACCCUACGUUUCUCCCAAAGACAGCCCCUUCCGUCACAUCCUGCUGGGCUCCGGUCCCCACACCCUCAAAGGUCUGACCAACCACCUCGACUCUUUGACGACUGCCGACCUCGACGCAGACGCCGAGCUGUUCUGCAACCAGCUUGCCCAGGCGACCUGGACCAUUCAGACCUGUGCCAACUCCCUAGCAGGGGACAUCUGGUCUCUGGAUUAUGAAACCUAGAAAAGUCCUUUGCCC